CUUCCCCUCACAUUGCAUGCUUUCUGCCACACCAGGAAGUUAAAAACGUGCAGCAGCAUUUUAUAGCCACUAUUAAAAUAGUGAUCUGUCUGUGUGUUUUACAGGAAUUAUUUUGCGGCCUUUCAACUUUAUAGUUUUCUUUGUAGAGAAUUGCAGUGACGCUUUGUUGGUGGAGGUAAUUCAUUUCGGAUCAUACAGUCUCUCUACAGAACAUGCCCAGCUCUAGUUCUUCUCAUGCCUCAGUAAUUGCUUCAUACUUCUUAGAGGAACAGGAAACUUGAGCUUGUAUUGUCUUGCCUCGGUAAGACAAACUCCUAUAGUUUGAAUUUUUUGAGUGGACAAAGUAAGAAGGGAUAUAUGAUUUGCAUUUGCAGCAGCAGAUGGCGAUGCUGAGUCACACAACUGAGCCAGUUGGCAGUGAAAGCUUGGAGAAAUGGGAGUCAGUUGGCUCGGGAGGGUUUGGCCAUGUCUAUAAGGCCAGGCACAGGGACUGGGGGUUUGAUGUGGCCAUAAAGCUACUUCAUGAUGGUGUUGGGUUUUAUUCCAGUGCCCCCAUUCACAAGGAGAAAGCACUGGCUGAGGAGGCCAGUCAUAUGGACAAAGUUUCCUGUGAGUUUGUGCUGAGGGUGUAUGGACUUUAUGAGGGAAUUCCACCACUCGGAGGACUCGCCAUGCAAAAGGGAAUAGUGAUGGAGUUCAUGGGCGGAGGAUCAGUUCAGGCCCUGCUGCAGGACCUGUCUGGUCCUCCACCGUGGCCCCUGGUCUUCCGCUUGGCCCAUCAAGUGGCCCUAGGCAUGAACUUCCUCCAUUCAAGGAACCUUAUGCACCACGACCUGAAACCAAGUAAUGUCCUGCUGAAUGACGAGUUUAACGCCAAGCUGGCAGACUUUGGUCUGUCCAGGGUUUCCACCAGUGCUUUGAACAGCAACAACGAAAUGACAGGAGAGGCUGGAGGCACUUACAAGUACAUGCCUCCUGAGGCUUUCGAAGCAUCGUAUGAACCUGUCCGUGCUUUUGACAGAUACAGCUAUGGUAUCCUUCUCUGGUCUAUUGUUACUGGGAAAGAGCCAUAUCCAAUGGCUCAUAGCAGUCUUGUGGCACUGAGGAUUCCUGAAGGGGACAGACCCCCCUGCAAGGAGAUUAACCACAGGGAAGCAGAAGGGUUAGAAGAGCUGGUUGACCUCAUGAAGUUGUGCUGGGACCAGAAUCCCUCCAAGAGGCCAACCUUUAAAGAGUGCCUUGAAGUCACGGAGAAGGUUUUCUCAAAGCACAAGAAGGAAAUUCAUGGCGCAGUUCAUCUAGUCUUGACAAGACUGGAGUCACACACCCGUUAUCAACAUUUAAACACACGUGUGCCAUUCAGUUUUUCUCCUGAGACACCAGAAUCGUCAAAGUCACAUGAAACUAUGGAUCAUGUCAGAGUUACAGAGACUAAAAAGGCUCCAACACCGGAGUCUGUCAGUGUUUCUACUAAAACAAUGAGUGAUACAGACAAAGCAAAGUUCAUUGAUGACAACAGGGCGGUGUUAAUUCAAGACGUUUCUGAAGUCAUGGCAAUAGUAGACGAGCUCGGAGACAUGGUCCACAGUGAAACAUACUCAGCGAUUGAAGCUAAACAGACAAGCCAGGAGAAAAUGAGAGCACUUUUUCUGGAGACAUUUCGUCCAGGAGGGGUAACCGUCAAAGCCGCCUUCUACACGGUGCUCAAAAGACAUCACCCGAGACUAGUGGAGAGGCUCGGUGGAUAAUCCUAAAGCAAAUGUGACCUUCGAGUGUCAAGGACUUUCCCUGCUUCUCACCAACGUCUUCAUAUUUUAUGAAAAAUGUGUUUAUGGUAUCAAUUUGUAUAUUUAUAUGUAACGUCUUCACAUACCUGUACAACAUAAUUUACCACAAACAACGAGAAUAUAUUCUCAAACAUGUUUUUCACCAUCUUUCAGUCUGUUGUUACACUGGCUUCCUGUUUGUCAAAGAAUUGUCAAAAUACAUGUCUACACAAAAUACAAAAUACAAUUCUUCCGCUUUGCUACGAACCAUCCAGACCUCUCAGGUCGUCUGGAACAAACUCCCAGAAAACUGCAGGUCAACACUCAGUUCUAUUAAAUCAAGACCGAAGGCUUUUCUGUUUGCCGCUGCCUUUCAGUAAAUAAACUAUCUAUGCAUUUGUUGUACUGCACUGUAACUUUUAUCACCUGUCUUAUUCUACUUUAACAUGUUUUUAUUUUCUCUUUUUCAACUAAUUUUAAAGGGAUUUUAUGUGUUUAUUUCCCCCAUUGCUUUGAAUGUUUCAUGCAAAGCACUUGGAAUUGCCUUGUUGUUGAAAUGUGCUUUACAAAUAAACGUGCCUUGGCUACUU